CUGUCACUCUAAUUACGUCAGUGAGAGUAAGAGAGAAAGAUUCCCGCAAUUUGCGAAUUUCGGUUUUCGCGGUAGGCCCCCUGAUGUCGGGCCCGAGAAAGAAUAUUUUUCCGUUUCACCAAAUAUUUUGAACGAUUUGCUGCGUUUACAAUUUUGAAAUGUAAAAAAAUGGUUAUAUGCAAAAAUAUCAAACAUUUUUAGCAAUUCGAGACAAAGUAUUUUUUACAUUUAAAAUAUUGUUAACGAUUUGCUGAUAUUCCGUGAAACGCAAACUAUUAUCAGGCCUGAAAUCGGGACUGAUUUCGGGCCCGAUAUCGGGAAGUGUGGAUUGGCCCUUUAGGCGCGCAUGCGACUUUCUUUAAGAUCUUUGUACACUUAGCAACAGAUGGCAUGCGAUUUUAUAGUGAAAGUGCUAGCACACUAAUCAGAACCAUUUAUAUGCUAAACAAAAGGACUAAAAUGCUAAAAAAGUAUUAUAGUCUGUUCGGAAAGAGAAGAGUCGUGGAAUGUAUUGGGCCCCAUACAUUCCACGAAUCUUCUCUUUCCGCACAGACUCUAUUCUAAUAUUUAAUCAUGCUCAACUCCUUUGGAGCACUCUGCAGGUAAAUCCGAAUCAAAACAUUCCAAACCAUUUCCAAACACAAUUGGCGUGGCGAAACGUCACUAAUGUCAAUGUCAUAAUAAGAAAAUAACCUAUUUAAAUCACGUUUACAUUUUCUAGAGAUUUCCUCUCUUUAAACUCAUUAAUUUAAGUAUGUUUAAGUGUUAAUAUGGGUGUCAGAGGCUUGACUACGUAUAUAAAUUAUAAUCAAAAUGCGUUUCUCCGUGACCACCUUCUCCACGACACAAAUCUCGUGAUAGACGGACACAGUUUGUGCGCCCAGUUAUACCGGCUACUGAACAGCUUUUCGGCCUUCGGCGGGGACUACGACAAGUUCGCAGCGUACGUUAAAACCUUCUUUAAAAACCUGCGAAAAUGUAACAUAACGCCUUAUGUCAUUUUCGAUGGCGCGUAUGAGAGGCGUAAGUUGAAAACCGCUUACAGUAGACUCAAAGCCAGGAUUAAAGGAGGGUCUCAACUGGAUCCUGUAACACAGAGCAGCCUUCAGAUCUUCCCUAUACUACUAAGAGAUACAUUCCGGGAUGUUCUUGUUGAAAUGGACAUAGCAUACACGGUCUGCGAGUUUGAAGCUGAUGAUGAAAUAGCUGCUAUGGCCAGACAUUUGGACUGCCCAGUGUUGAGCUAUGACUCGGAUUUCUUCAUCUACAAUGUCCUGUACAUACCUUUUAAUACUUUAGAGCUGAAACCAAAACCGACUGGGACCACAGAGAAUGGGGAAAAAAUAAAUGCUUUGGAAUGUAAAAUGUAUAAAGUCGAAUAUAUGCUAAAGCAUUUUGGUGGGUUGGAAGAUGAACUCCUUCCUCUAUUAGCAACUCUACUGGGUAAUGAUUAUAUUAAAAAAAGAGUAUUUAACAAAUUCUUUUCCCAAUUGAAAUUGCCGAAAAGUAAAAGGAAAAAGAAUGAACAGCAAAGAUGCAUCCACGGUCUGUUCAAAUGGUUGCAAAAUGAGACACUGGAAUCUGCUAUAGCAAAAAUAAUCGGUAGAAUGAAGAAAAACCAGAAGGAGAGACUUUUUUCCACAAUUAAAAGAAGUAUUGAAGGAUAUAAUAGUAAAACUUGCAAUGCAUUAAAAUAUUUUAACAUUAGCGAUAGUGGGGACACCGAGUCUAUUGCUGAGCUGAAUAUGCCAGAAUGUGAUGAUAAUGAGAUAGAAGAAGUAGAAGAGGAUAAUGACUCAUCAGAUGAUGAUACUGAUGAUGAUAAUGAUAAAUCUUCAUCAGAAGAGAGCAUUCAAGACGAACAACUAGUUCUUGGUGUACCAGAAUGGUUCGCAGAGAAAAUAAGAGCUAAUCUUAUACCGCAGCCAUAUCUCAACUUGUUCGUUCACCAUCUCCACUUAUCAGCUCCUCAAGCAGAGGACUACACAGAUGAAGACCCCUUCAUAUGUGCCUUACCAAUUAUGAGAUAUGCUUUUGACCUGUUAACAGAUUUUUCUGAAGGAUAUUGCAUAUACGUUAGUAGAGAAGGCCUUAACUAUAAGAGAAUAUUUGUGGAUAAUGAAUAUUCUAUAAGUAGACCCUUAGAUGCACCAUUUUAUGAAUUAUCAGAAAAGCAGUUAAAAGAAUGUUUUGUACAUUUUAUUAAAGCAAAAAUGCCUAAAUUAGAUUUAGCUGCGUUGGAAGAUUUGCCAUCUAAUUUUCGGAUAUAUAUAAUAGCAAUAUUGUGGUGGGUUCUUCACACUAAGCCACCCUUAGCUCAUGUGCUAAGUUUAUUGACAUGUUAUGUAACAUUGGAGGUAAUUGAUGAGAAAACGGGGACGUUUCGGGGACAGAAUCAUUUUAACAACAAGUACUCAAAGAAAAUAGAAGAACUGAAAAGAUUACCGGUUACAAAUAAUGCUGACGAGAUUUUCUUAAACAAAAAUAAGGUCCAAUAUGAAGACUGCUUAUUGGCUGCCAGUGUUUUGCUUAAGCACUUUGAAAUGGAUGCAAGCAUAAAAAAGAAACCUAAGAGUUAUGACUCCAAGAAAAUGCACUCUUUUGCAAGGUUUCAGUGUUGCUUGCUUCAGUUUAAUUCGUUAAAUAAUCUAUGCCACAAUCCCUAUGAGGCCACUAAAUAUUCGAAAAGCUUCAAUGGCACUUUUAUUUAUAAUAUUGCCUUGGCAUUGGAACAUCAAAUGGAGCCUUAUGUAUAUUUACAGCAAUACUUAAAGGGUGCUGGUGUAUUGAGAUUUUUGAAGAAUUUGUAUGAAAUAUAUGAAAAGUGUGCAAAGGCUAUGGACUUGGAAACAACAAAGUGGAUGGGGAAGAAACGGGAACGUAGGAGACGAAAACAUCAAGCUAAUGAUUCAGAUGAUGAUGUUAAUCAUUUUGGUGCAAAGGGUUUUGAUUCGGAAGUUUUUAUAUAAAAAUUAAAAAUAUUUAGUAUUA